CAACCACCGCCCUGCAAAUCGCAUUCAACACAGCCAAGCGGCACAAUAGUUCAACAUGGCGACCACAGUAGACAAGAUCAAAGAUAUUGAGGCCGAAAUGGCCAAAACCCAGAAAAACAAGGCGACUUCUUUCCAUCUUGGGCAGUUGAAGGCAAAACUUGCUAAGCUCAAAAGGGAGCUACUCGAGCCCAGCUCAAGUGGAGGUGGUGGAGGUGUCGGUUUCGAUGUCGCCAGAACCGGUGUUGCCAGUGUUGGCUUUAUCGGAUUCCCCUCUGUGGGCAAGAGCACACUUAUGAGCAAGUUGACCGGACAACACUCAGAAGCUGCUGCAUACGAGUUCACAACGCUUACGACUGUUCCCGGCCAAGUUCAGUACAAUGGUGCCAAAAUUCAGAUUCUCGAUCUCCCCGGUAUUAUCCAAGGUGCUAAAGAUGGCAAGGGUCGAGGGCGACAGGUCAUUGCAGUAGCAAAGACGUGUCAUUUGAUCUUCAUCGUUUUGGACGUGAACAAGCCUCUCACUGAUAAGAGCGUCAUUGAAAACGAAUUGGAAGGCUUCGGUAUUCGCAUCAACAAGAGCCCACCCAACAUCGUACUCAAGAAGAAGGAGAAAGGCGGGAUCAACAUCACCGCAACGGUCCCGCUCACCAACAUCAGCCAUGAAGAAAUUAAGGCUGUCUUGCAUGAAUAUCGAUUGGCAAACGCUGACGUCGCUAUUCGAUGCGAUGCGACCGUCGACGAUCUGAUUGAUAUUAUCGAAGCUAAGGGUCGAAGCUAUAUCCCAGUCAUCUAUGCGCUGAAUAAAAUCGACGCCAUUACAAUUGAAGAGCUCGACCUGUUAUAUCGCAUCCCGAACGCGUGCCCUAUCAGUUCCGAGCAUGGCUGGAAUAUCGAUGAGCUACUGGAACAGAUGUGGGAGAAGCUGAAUCUUGUUCGGGUGUAUACAAAGCCCAAAGGAAGAAUGCCGGACUACACUGCGCCAGUCGUUUUGCGAUCUACGGCGUGUACCAUUGAAGACUUCUGUAACUCGAUUCAUAAGACAAUUGUUGACACUUUCAAGCACGCCAUCGUUUACGGCAAGUCAUGCAAGCACCAGCCUCAGCGCGUGGGACUUUCUCAUGAGCUCGCAGACGAAGACAUCGGUAAGUACAAGCUCCAGAACUCAACUCCUUAGUCAGUGACAUAAGCUCACUUUGUAACCAGUCACCAUCGUGAGGCGGUAAAUAGAGACCCGUUAUAUCAGAUCACGCGGCAGUCGCAUCAUCCGCCAUUUGCGACAGAGGGCGAAAGAAGGUUUCGUUGGUGC